AUGAGACGAAGACCAGGAAUCGGAGGAUUACAAAAGGCCGCGGCUGCCAGGGAUCAGUACCGGUUACUCGGAGAAAAUGUAGCCAAGUUACGGACUGAUAUGAUGAAAGAACAGCUUGCCACGUUCCGGUCACAGCUUGAAGAGUUCGCUCGUAAACACAAGAAUGACAUCCGUAAAAAUCCUGCCUUUAGAGCUCAAUUUCACGAAAUGUGUGCUAAGAUUGGUGUGGAUCCUCUAGCGUCGAACAAGGGUUUCUGGGCUGAGCUCCUGGGAAUUGGUGACUUCUACUAUGAACUUGGUGUUCAGAUUAUUGAAGUUUGUAUGCUUACAAGGUCUCACAAUGGAGGUUUGAUCAGCUUGCAAGAGCUCUGCAGCCAUCUUCGUCAGAGAAGGAAAAAAGACCGUGAAGCUGUGACUGAAGACGAUUGUCUUAGAGCUAUUAGCAAGCUUAAGGUAUUGGGUAGCGGAUUUGAGGUUAUCACAAUUGGCAAGAAGAAGCUUGUCCGUUCAGUCCCCACUGAGCUGAACAAAGACCAUAACCAAAUCUUGGAGUUGGCUCAGGGUCAAGGCUUUGUGACUGUUGAAGAGGUACAAAGACGGCUCUCGUGGACAUCUGGUCGGGUUUUAGAUACUCUUGAAACUUUGUUAGAAGAGGGACUCGCAAUGAUUGACAAUGGGAAUAAAGACGGAAAAUGUCAGUACUGGUUCCCCUGUGUUUCUUCUGUUUACUCAUUCGUUGGAUCUGAUACUUAA